CGCCGCGACAGAGGAGAAGUCCGGCCGCCGCUGCAGUUGGCGAGAAACACCGAAUCGGUGAAGUCGGAUUCGUUCUUGCUAUCGCACUCCAGAGGCGGCGUGGUUUCGCUGUGCCUUUCGGAGAACGACGAUGAAGACGAAUUCAAACUGGAUCCGAAUUAUCACAAUGUGGAAUUCUUGAUCACCACCGGCCCCGGCCCCUGCCCCCAGCUCGAUGGCAAGAACAUCGUCUUCGGAGCGGUGCUUGAAGGAUUAGAUGUUGUGGCGGCCAUAGCCUCAACUCCAACAUACAAACCAUCGGAGAGAAUCAGGCAAUUCAACGAUUUGGCUGAGUUUUUGGGAGAUGAAAGAGCUCAAAAUGCUCGAAAUAUUUGGAACAGACCUCUCAAAACUGUUUAUAUCAGUGACUGUGGGGAACUCAAAGUUGCUAAUCCUUCACUGUCUCCCUCUCUGCCUUAACAUACACAUUCAAUAUUCCUUGCUUCCACUUCGUACACCACCGUUCGCACGGGUGCUUCCUUCUGAGACAGAACACACUCCUACCGAUGCAUUUUUACAUCCUACAACUUCGGCAGAGCGUUGAGCCCCGUUCAUCUCUUUCGCGCAAGAGUGUUCAUUAUUCUCAAGCUCAAGGUUCCAUUUCUUUCCCUUCCUCAUCUUGUUAUUUCUUCUUCUGUGAAAAAUGAAAAUUCCAUCCCAUGUUCUUAUUUUUGUUUCCUAUUCACCUCUGGUUUACUUUUGGUUGACCAUUGUUUCAGUUCGAAACAUUUGGAAUUCAAAUUUUGAUGUCAAUAUUGUUGGUGACGUAUUUUAUAUGCUAAAGAAACAAAUUUCGUUGAUGUUCGUUCA